CUAAAACCCAUUUCCCAAAUUUCUUCCCUAUCCAAUCCAUUCUCUUUUCUGCAUGUAAAAAUCCUAUAAAUACAAACCCACAACCUUUUCAAUCCUUCCCCAACAAAACCCAUUUCCUGAUUCUUCAUCAAAACUCUUCUAAAUCCUUCCCAUCAAUCAAAUCAAAUCCCUUUCUCUCUGUUUCCCCUUCUUAUGUUUCACCACACUCGGUGGACCACCAUGACUCAGUCUUCGACUCACUGGACUCGGUCCGAGGACAAGCUUUUCGAGGAGGCUUUGGUGGUUGUUCCGGCCAACUUACCUGAUCGGUGGCAAAGGGUCGCCGACCAUGUCCCUGGUAAGUCUCCCAGGGAGGUUAAAGAUCACUACGACGCUUUGGUUCACGAUGUCCUUGAAAUUGACUCUGGUCGAGUUGAGUUACCGAGUUAUGCCGAUGAAUCGGCGGUGGGUUUGCCGGAAUGGGACUCUUCUGGACAGAUCUCUUUUGGAUCCAAGGCUAAGCAUGGUGGAGAUAACGAGAGGAAGAAAGGAACGCCAUGGACUGAAGAAGAACAUAGGCUAUUUCUCCUUGGACUGAAAAAAUUCGGCAAGGGAGAUUGGAGGAGCAUCUCAAGGAAUGUAGUGAUCACAAGAACACCAACACAAGUAGCAAGUCAUGCUCAGAAAUACUUUCUCCGACAAACCUCCGGUAAGAAAGAAAGGAAACGAUCAAGCAUUCACGACAUCACAACAGUCGACAACAACUCCAUCCCCAUGCCUAUUGACCCCAAUUGGAUAUCUCCAGCCCCCAACAAUCCAACCAUUCAAUCAACUAUGCAACAGUUGAGUCCAACAAGUCACGGGCAAGACCAAGGAGCCUCACUUGGGUUCCAAAACUACCGGUUCCCAAUGUAGCUAUCGACUAGAUAACCCUUAGAAAACUACCACCAUUACUACAAUGUAAAUACACCAAAAAAAUCUGUAAAGACAAAUGUACGUACGUGCCUGGGGUUUGGUUUCGUCGUUCUUUUGGUUGCCACAGUUUAGAGAGAACCCUGUCUGUAAGUAAAUAGAGAAGAAAGGAGUUAGAAGGUAGUAGUAGUGAAUGAUUGUUAGAAACAGCAGUUAAAAGCUAAUUAAUGUAAAAGAAUUAGGGAAAAACACAGUAUAUGAAUGGAAAAACAAAAUUCUUUGUUAGAUUGUGACAAAUCCUGCAAGCAGAUUUUAGUAGCAGCAAGUUUCACUUUCA